AUGCCGAACACUGCAGCACCUCCCGCUCUGCUGCCCCCCUCCUCCAAUCACGGUCCUGGCGGCCCUGAUAAAGAACAGAGCCCGGGGGAGUACUCAUCCGGUAUUGACUCGGAUAACGACCUUGUUGGUCCCAAUGGCUCGCGAGCUUUGAAACGAAAGCGGCCCCUCACUGUCUCAUGUGAACUAUGCAAGCAGAGAAAGGUCAAGUGCGAUCGAAUCCAGCCCAGCUGUGGCUGGUGUAAUCGCAAUGGCCAGAUGUGUGAGUACAAGGAGCGAAAAAAGCCUGGUCUGCGGGCUGGCUAUGGGAAGGAGUUGGAACAGCGGCUUGACAGAUUGGAGGAAAUCAUCCAGGCGCAAGCCCGCCUCAUUGAAAUGCACGUUCUGCAGAAUCGGCCUUCAAUAGGACAUGAGAUGGCCAAAGCUGGCUCACUCUCGUAUAGCUCUCCAUCAGAACCCUCGGCGGUCCACGGACCCAGUCCCCGCACGGCACUGUACUUCAACGACCCAGCUUCUUCGGUGAUCCUACCCUCUCGUCGAGCAGAUGUUUCGAUCACCAGUCCGUCGGAUACUUCGGUGAAGAACUUGGUUCAAAAUAGUCUCCAAAAUGGAGGGUCAGCCCCUUCGAUGAGCUCGUUGCCAUCUGCUCCCAACGCACAAACGAACAAUGACUACACCGGAAAUGAAUCCUCGUUGAAAGUCCCCGUCAAUCUCUUUGGCAACCAAGAGCAGUCACUAGCUGAUCCUGACUUGGAUCUUCCGCCGUACGACCUGCUGUAUUCGUUGGUUGAUCUCUAUUUUGAGCACAUCAACUCCUGGUGCCCAAUUCUUCAUCGUCGGUCGACACUGGAUACUUUUUUCGGUCCAUCUCCGUUAGAGGAGGCAGAUCGGAUGGUCUUGUAUGCCAUCGUGGCAACGACCUUGCGCUUCUCUUCCGACCCCCGACUCAACGACCAGAACCGAAAGCGUUAUCACGACUCAUCAAAACAAAAGGUUCUUCUCUAUGGCCUGGAGAAUUCAUCCGUGAAAGCGCUGCAAGCCUUGGUUAUAUUGGCAAUUGACUUGGUGGGAUCAUCUAAUGGUCCUCCGGGUUGGAAGCUGCUUGCUUUGAUUACACGAUCUGUGGUCCAGCUGGGGUUGGCCGUAGAAUCAAAGUCAUCUCUCAUUGCUCCAGCGUACCCCUCCAUCUAUACCUUGAGAGCAGUGACCCUCUCAGAGCCUGACUCUUGGAUAGAGGAUGAAAGCAGACGGCGCUUGUUCUGGAUGGUCUACUUGUUGGACCGGUACUCAACAAUCGCUACUGCUUUCAACUUCGCACUGGACGAUAAGGACAUCGACCGCAAGCUGCCCUGCAAGGAAGAGUUUUUCAUUAAGAACCAACCCGUCGAAACACGGCGUUUUCACUACUCCAGUGACCGUGCAGACUAUCUCACACAUUCGGAGAAUGUGGGGUCCUUCGGGUUAUAUAUGGAGAUUCUCGGCAUCCUGUCUCGCAUCCACCUGUUUUUGAAGCGGCCUGUGGAUAUUGGGUCGCUGUCCGAUGUCGAGGAAUGGCAGGCCACCUACCGAAAGCUGGAUAGUGAGCUCACAUCGUGGGAAUUCAACCUACCUGUUGAAUAUGCGUACGAGAAUUCGUCCAGGCUCUUUACUGGUGGAGGAAAGCAGAGCCGAUCCCUCCACGGCGAUUGGGUGCAGCUUCAUGCCACCUAUCAGACAGCUGUGAUCCGUUUGCAUUCAUCUGCUGCGUACCCAACUACCCGCUCGCCCAUCUUUACACCCUCAUACAGUGCCAGCCAACGGUGCCUGUUAGCAGUCGACAACAUCCUAUCAGUAACACGCUUCGUCGUCGAAAACAACAUGCUCGACAAGCUCGGACCCCCCUUCGCUUUCACCCUCUGGGUCUCAGCACGACUCCUCCUCGUCCACGGAUCAACAAUCGCGCACACCGUCAGCCACGAUAUCCUCUUCUUCGUCGACACCCUCGCCCACAUGGGACAGUACUGGAAAGUCGCCGAACGCUACAGCAACAUCCUUCAGCGUGUCCUCGACGAAUACGGCGAAUACCAACAAUCCGCCGCCAUAGACGGCGAGCGCUCAACCCCAUCUACAGUCAAAAUCCUGGCCGACAUGCGCCGCUGUGCAUUUGAUCUCGACUUCUUGAUUUCCCGUCAACCGCGCGAAUCCCCAUCGACCAUGAGCAAUGGCGGUAACGACGCAACCCGGCCGCCCAAUCCUGCCAUGACUCCGCGCAACCUCGCGCCGAAUGAAUUGGAGUACCUCGAUGUCUUUGGAUUCUUCAAUGUGCCGCGUGUACCGCCUGCCCGGGCGCCGGACCCUAACUCGACUAAUCCUGCUCAUCUGGAUAUGUCCGAUUCUGUUCCGAAUCCCAUGUCCAUUCAUGGACUUACAGGUACCGGACCCGUUGUUGAUGGUAAUGGCACUGCGAACACGAACGAGUUUAAUAUCACGAAUUAUCUGAUUCCUACGCCGGAGACGGACUGGUUGUUCCGCCCAGGUGGAUGA